UGUUACGUGAAUUUUGUCUUUGUGAUUUCUGUGUAUGGUCUUCGCUCAGUUGAAGUUCGACUGGCUUCGUCGCGGUCACGCGACACUGAUAAGGACCUGUUAUCUGGACCACACCUAUGCUAGUGUGUGCAAUGCGCCUGUGCGUGUGUGUGUGAGACUGAGGGUUUGUACUGUAUUCAUCAGUAAACACAGAAGCCUUAUCAAACUAAACCAGAAUCUUCUGGUUCGCUUUCGACGGGAAAACCUGUAGCUUUACCCGUUUUUCUGUUGCUUUGUAUCCUGCUAGGACGUACCUGAGCAGUAAAAGUAGGUCACGACAGUAACUGCCUCUUUCUGGUCAAUUGCCCUAGUUUUGUGUUACUCUCCGCUACAGAUUAAACUUGUCUCAUUAAGCGGCGUAAAGGUAGUGUGACCGAUAGAAGAAUUUCUGUCUUCGGAAUAAAAUAUUGUACAGACUCCACCGUGAUCAGCUGCUUCACUUUUAUAAGGUUUGUUGUGUGCUUCAGUCAGAGCUGUAUAGACUGCAGUACUUUCAAAUCCUUGAUAUGACAACAGAAGAUGAAUACCAGCACUUUAAGAUCAUCCGGAUUUGUGUUAUCAUGAUGCUGUUCUAUCAAGCUCAAGGGCAAGAAUAUGAGUGUGAGGUGGAAUUCACCGGAAAGUGCAUCACUAAAGUAAGGUCAGAAAUCCCAGAAAAAUACGCUCAGCGAAAAACACCAUUUACUGUCUCCUAUGUGUCAUCCGAAGGAAAGACUGAAAUCGCCGUGUUGCUUCACUACUUGGGAGGCUACGUCUGUGAAACUGCAGGAGACCACGUGUGCGAUGACAGCGAUAACACCAUCUCUAUCAUCCGAAACUCCGUUACAACUUGUGUAUCAAACAGGACGUAUAUCCUCGCUGCAGAUGGAGAUGAUGGUGUUGUUUGCAUGCCCACACAAAAUGAGACCGAUUCAACUGGCUCACAUCCAGGCAAUCGCAAACAUAGGGACACCUGCUGUGGUAACGACACUUUUCACGCAAAUGAAAGUGUUAUUGGUAUAGUAGUUGGCAUUGCGUGUGCGGUCAGUAUAAUUUUUUUACUGAUACUAUUUUCUGUGGCCCUGUUCAGGAUGCGAAGUGGACGCUGGAGAUCUAUAAAACAGAGAAAAGCAACUCCUGCUGACCCGCAAAGAGUUCUCGUCGAUACAAAAGGACUCGUGUAGACCACGUUAACUGGCAGAAAGUAUUCAAUGAUUCAUCUUGACCUUGAGGAGAAGAAACAAAAAAAGCAAGAAGUAUGGUUGAAUAAUAAGCCUUAAAUCUUUACAGUUCAGACUUUAUCUUGCUGAACCACUAACAAUGGGGUUUUUCGAGUAUGAAUAUUCAACUGAAUUGUAAAGAGUUAAUAUCAAUAUUGCUUCACGUAAGCAAAAAACUAUUUGCCACAGAUUAAUAUCCAUCAUGAUCAUCAUCAUCAUCAUCAUCAUCUAUGCAAAAAAGAAGUAUGGAUGAGAAAUAUAGCCUAAAUUAACUCUUUUCAGUCUGGAGUUUUGUGCUACCCCACUAAGUAAUUGUGGUCUUUUCAACUAUUUAUUUUAGACUGGACUGUAAAGAGUUAAGAACUAUGUUGCUUAAUAGAGAGCAGAUGUAUACUAGGCACAGUGAUAAGCACUGUGUUCAUCAGGCUUCCAAUGGCCUCGAGCUGAGUUCGCUCUUAUUCAGUGGUAAAGAGAACGUGUUAGAUGUGACUACAAUAGCAUCAAUGUAUACCACUGAAAUACCACUAAAUUUGUGCCUGUCUAGGAUGUAUUCCAUUAUGGCUGUUUUCAGUAAUGUCUCUAUUAAACGACAAAAUAAAGCAUCUUCAAAUGUUAAAAAAGAAUCCGGUUUUUUAAUCUCAGCUUCCCAUAUUUGUUCUUGUUAUUUGUUUCCUCUAUGUGUUUUCUGUGUUUGAAUUUAUUCUUCGGUUAGUGUGGGUGUUGAUUUUUUUAUAUCUCCUAUGUUAUUUGUUUUCCUGUCCCUCGUAUUCUGUCCAUGUUUCGCUGUUGUCCUUAAGCGCUAAGAGCUUGCUCCUUAGGAUGGUGAGUAUGUGCUUUACACAUUUUGCGCUUAUUUUUUAUAAUUAUUUAUAUUAUUAUUUUUAUAAUUAUAAUUAUUACAUCUUUUGCUGAAGUGCGUGAUGAAACAAUAAUGCAGCCAACACACCGGGUAUCCUAAACUGUUUGAAUAGUCGGAAAGUUAUACUCUACUAACAGACUCCCAUAGGUGUAGGUAAGGACUACCACUGUUUGUCUUCUAAAACAGCAAUAAUAAAACUUGGAUUCCAGACACUUAUAUGUGCUAAAGGAUCUACAAUCUACAAGGAUGGGGGAAAUCCGAAUACUUGAACAACUACCCACAAUUAACAUUGUGAAAUACUUAUUGCACCCUUACAAAGGUGCAUCGUAGCCAUGAUUUAUACCCACUGCGUCACCAAUUACCUCGAUCUAAUGUUAAUGAACACGUUUCUAAUAUAUUAUAAACUUGUCUUAGACCUAUCGCUUCCCUCCUCAUGGGCUUUUUUUUUAGUGGAAAUGCUCUGGAUUAUCUCUUCAUUAUACUAAAGUUUUCAUGCAUGACCUCACUCUUUUCCUUCCCUCUUCAUUUUCACAGAUCAAAUGACAGACAUCUGCUUAUUAACUUCACUUCUAAGAGAACAAUGUUUCCUAAGGUUAACAGCUUCUACUUAAUUUUUUUUCAAAUUUUGAAUCAAUUACCUCAUUUAAACAUUCAAAUACAUUAUCUAAUGUAAAACAUAAUUUAAAAAAAAAUACAAGAGGGUUUUUACUUCUUAUUACUCAAACACAUUUUCCACUCAAAAUAUUACGUCCUCUUAACCUAAAGGAGCAAAAAAAAAAAAAAAUGAAUUCGUAAAGAAAUCGUCAAGGAAUACAAAUUUAAAGUAGCAAGCAGUACAACUUAAUUGAGUUAUAAUGCUUUCAACUCAUAGUAAGUUUUUAAUAUAUAUCCAAUGAUAUAGAUAAGCAUAUUAUGUGUAGCAGAAGCGGUUUAAUAAAGAAGUAAAUUGCUUCUAAUUGUAGUAGAUCAUUUAUGUUUAUCUUUAAUUUUAAUAAUGUAUACGGAAAGAUUAUGGAUUGAGAAAAAUGUUGUCUUGGCGGUGAUAGUAGUCUUGUAGGUUUACUGUUGUUAAAAUUCCAUAAAGACUAAUGAUGUCAAGACUAUAACUACUUCGCUAAUGAAUUCUGAAGAGAUCAAUUUUGAAAAAGAAAUAGUAUAUCAACGAAGCUAUGUCACCUUUUAAAUGUGUGUAAUUGGUACAUGAAUUAAAAGUCAACCAAGCAACACAACAAGAAUGAAUAAAUCAACAAUCUAAACAUUGCCAACACAAUGACUCUGGAUGUGUGCCAUCUUCACUAUUUAACGGUAAUGCAGUGUGUUCAAGACACGUUUUCAUGAACACGAUACCGAUUGACGCACCAGUUGACAUAUUAUCUAUCCAUACUAUAAGUAAUAAAAAGAGGAGUUGUUGGAAUGUCCCCUCGAAAACAAUGUGAUACGUGAUGCGUGUACCAGCGAAGGGACAAAAGACUGAUAGUCUAACUAUGACCCUUAACACAAAAUGACAAAGAAAGGGUUAAGCCUGGAAAAAGAUACAGCCUUGUGCAGUAGAGUGUCUGUGAGCAUAAAACAAACCUGUCUGAAAAGGAGAAUUUUGUGUGUGUGUUGCCUGCCGUUAAAAGGUAUGCUCUCGCGCCUUUAUGCAUGAACAGCGAUUUCAGCAUGUGUGUCUGUUUGUGUGUGCGCGCGUGUGUGUGUGUGUGUGUGGUUGUGACAGACAUGUCUUUGUGGUUAAAAAUUGGGUUUAUCAUGUUUGAAAUGACAAUGUUAUAUCUCGUUGAAAUCAAGUGUCCUAACCAUUAUAACUACUUCCUAAUUCUAUCGUCACAAACAUACAACCAUUGCAUUUCUGUUUUUGUAUCAAUUAUCAAUUAAGGAAUAACAGUAUAAGUGUAAUUUUCUCUUUUAAUAUGAUGACUCUUUGGGAACUGAAAGUGGUCUUUUGUAGCUGACUACCGCUGUGUGAUUUGAACCAUAUCCUUUUGAUUUAAAGACAGCGAUGCUGAUCUGCUUUCAUCGAGGUAGUCUGUGGUUUGGUAGUCGAUCCUGGUGUUUAUUUAAUUUGCGAUAG